UUGUUGUUGAAAAUAAAUGUAAAAUCGUUUUCUGAUAUACUUGUGUGUUCCAGAUGGAGGUAAAUUGUUUAACACUAAAAGACUUGAUCAGCCCCAGGCAGGCCAGACUAGAUUUUGCCGUUGAAGAUGCAGAAAAUGCACAAAAGGAAAAUAUAUUUGUUGACCGAUCAAGGAUGACUCCAAAGACUCCAAUGAAAAAUGAGCCAAUAGAUCUUUCAAAGCAAAGACUCUUUACUCCAGAAAGAAAUCCUAUUACUCCGGUAAAGCUGAUCGCGAGGCAGCAGCAGGUGGAGCCGUGGACACCCACAGCCAACCUGAAGAUGCUCAUCAGUGCAGCCAGCCCAGACAUAAGAGACCGAGAGAAGAAAAAGGGGCUGUUCAGGCCCAUCGAGAACAAAGAGGAUGCAUUUGUGAACUCCCUGCAGCUUGACGUCGUUGGCGACAGUGCUAUGGACGACUACGAAAAGCAGAGGCCAAGCAGGAAACAGAAAAGUUUAGGGCUGCUCUGCCAGAAGUUUCUAGCGCGCUAUCCAAGUUACCCCGUGUCAACUGAGAAAACCACCAUCUCUCUAGAUGAAGUCGCCCUCAGUCUUGGUGUCGAAAGGAGGCGCAUCUAUGACAUUGUGAACGUGCUAGAGUCCCUGCAUCUGGUCAGCCGGGUGGCUAAGAAUCAGUACGGUUGGCACGGUCGGCACAGCCUACCCAAAACCCUGAGGACGCUGCAGAGGCUGGGAGAGGAGCAGAAAUACGAAGAGCAGAUGGCCUGCCUCCAACAGAAGGAGCUGGACCUGGUGGAGUAUAGGUUCGGAGAACGCAGGAAGGAUGGGUCUCCGGAUCCCCAAGAUCAACACCUACUCGAUUUUUCUGAACCCGACUACCCCUCCUCAUCUGUAAACAGUCGAAAAGAUAAAUCUCUAAGGAUUAUGAGCCAGAAGUUUGUCAUGCUGUUCCUCGUCUCCAAAACCAAGAUUGUUACCCUAGACGUGGCUGCCAAGAUCCUCAUAGAAGAAAGCCAAGAUACCCCGGAUCACAGUAAAUUCAAAACAAAGGUACGACGGCUCUAUGACAUAGCCAAUGUUUUGACCAGCUUGGCUCUGAUAAAGAAAGUACACGUGACGGAAGAGCGAGGCCGGAAACCAGCCUUCAAAUGGAUCGGGCCCGUGGACUUCAGCCCCAGUGACGAAGAACUAUUGGAUGUCUCUGCAUCUGUCUUACCGGAACUGAAGAAAGAAACAUAUGGCCAGAUCCGAGUGUGUGCAAAACAGAGGCUGGCGCGGUACGGUUCUUUUAACAUGGUUCAGACAUCUGAGAAGAUACAGAGGAAAGUGAGUUCGGAGCCCAGCAGCCCACAGGGAGGAAAACAAGGGUCAGCCUUUUCCCUAGAAAUUGGAAGCCUGGCAGCCAUCUACAGACAGAAAGUAGAAGACGAGUCUCAGGGAGAAGCCUUUGCCAGUAAGAGAGCAGUGCCUCCAGCAAGCAGCUCGGACCCCGCCCUCCCUGUCGACUCCGAAUACUGUGUUAAUAAGCCUUUCGCCCACCCAGGAUUUUCUGUCGCUCCAGCAGAUUCGCAGGCCUUCACCACACAGAAUGGUCUGACGGGACAAGUAGGUGUCCCACUUCCUUCUGCAGCCUCUGAUGCUGAGGGCUUAAAGCCAUCUCUGCUUGCUGGUCAGCCUCUGGUCUAUGUGCCCUCCACCUCACUGUUCAUGCUGUGUGGGAGCCUGCAAGAGGGACUGUCCCCAGAGUCAAGAUCAGAGGAGGAUGGCAGUGGCUCAGAAGUCCCAGCUGACCUGUCCCUGGCACCCUCAGCUCAGAAGCGCCUGUGUGAGGAGAGGAAUCUUCAGGAGGAGGAGGAGCCUGCCAUGAAAAGACAAAGUCAGGAAUUUGAAGACAGCCCCUUAGCCCUGGUCAUGCCCAAGAAACCCUCAAAUUCCACAGACCUCACCUGCCCUGUGACCCUGAGAAAUGGGAGAUCUACACCCCUGGAAGACGCCUGCGCAAAGGGGCCACUCCCUGCUGCAGAAGUUUCAAGAAACUUUGCAAGCUGCUACAUCGCUUCUGACUGUGCAAACGCAUCAAGAAAUGCAGACACUGAAAACCCUUCAAAUAGCAAUGAACUCACCAAGGACCCCGCCCUGCCACAGUAUCUCUAUGUGCAGUCCCCAGCAGGGUUGAAUGGUUUCAACAUGCUCUUACCAGGCGGUCAGCCCCCCCAUGCUAUGGGGCCAUCCCCAGGUCAGCUGCCACCCUUCGGUGUCCCCUGCAUGUUCUUACCGUCUCCAAGCUUGGGCCCCUUUCCGGUCCUCUAUUCUCCUGCACUUCCGCAGCGGCCCGUUUCCUCAGCUCCCGGCGCUCUCCCGAACACCGGGCCCGUGAAUUUCAGCUUGUCCAACCUGGGAUCUGCAGCUCACGUUCUCCUCGGCCCUGCAGCCAUGGUCAGUCCAAAGUCGUCCACCCUCCCUUCUGCCGAUCCCCAGCUUCAACGUCAGCCAUCUGUAAACUUGAGUCCAGUGAUGCCAGGCUCACACGGCAUCAUCCACCCCGAGUCCCCCGGUUACAUGAGACACCCGGUAUCCAUGUUAAAAGUAGAACAGUCGCCUGCACCGGCGACUCCAGAGAGCAUCCAACGGAGACAUCGGGAGAUGUUUUUCAAGACUCCUGGCAGCCUCGGAGACCCUGGCUUUAGAACAGAAAGAAACCAAUGCCGAAACACUAGCUCAGCCCAGAGGAGACUGGAGAUCUCUAGCAGCGGGCCUGACUAGCCUGAUGCUUCAGUGGGUGGGGCAGCCUCAGCCCCUGAAGUUCCCUGUGUCCCAGACAAACGUCCUAAGAGGAACACAGGCCAUCCCGGUCCUCAGCCUGUGUCCUUGCUGUGUCACAUCCACUGGUCCUGCAAACUUCUCAAUAUCAUGAGUCAUCUAUUUUCCUGGAAGUGAUUGUUACUA